CAUAUAUACCUAGUCUUAUUUACCGCCCGGUUUUACGAUCUACCCCCGCGCGCGUCGGCCGUUCCGUACGUACUAUCUAGUUUCCUUCACUGCGCUCGCGUUGUUUAUCGCUGUUCGGAAACCUUCGUUCGGCGCAAGGCGACGUUAAUAAAACGAGAUGCCAAAAAAACCCUUUCAAUGCGUGCCUCGGAAUUGCGAGUCCUGUCGUAAGAACCAUGUAAAGUGUAUUUACCGCCAAAACAGCGACGCCUGCGACCGGUGCGUAGCCAGAGGCCAACACUGCGAACCACCCCUGACGGGUGUUUCUGCGGCGGCUGCCGAUUUACGUAGAGAAACGACUCGUUUUAAGUGCGAUCAAUGCCGGACGGGCCACUUAACUUGUCACCCAAAAGGACGGACUUGGCCCGAUAAGUGCCUGCGGUGCGCGGCGAAAGGUCUUGCCUGCUCGCCCCCGCAUACGAAGAAGGAGUUUGAUGAAUCUCCCGCCGGGAAGCACCGCGUCCGCCGCCGCCGGCAUCCUAUCCAGCCCAGGACAAAGAACCAGUUCCAGCAUACGGAGGGUCUCUUGAUGCCCAUCACCUCCGACCUCCAGCCAUCCGAUAGCUCAUCUGACUCGGACGCCUCUAUUCCCGCCGUGAUCCCCCCGAAGCGCGAGCCGGUGGACGGGGGAGGCCCGAAGUCUAGCGAGAUCGAGAGGCUGAGUCAUAUGCUCCAGGAGAUGGACGACGAGUUUCAAGAAGUGCUCAGAGCCGAGAAAGAGAAGCACCGGGACGAGGUCAAGCAGUUGAAGGACAAGUACGAGGAGGAGCUAGCCCAGCAACGCGAGAAGUACGAGUCGAGAAUCGACGAUCUUAUCAAAAUCAUGAAGAAGAUAGGUUGACGCGAUUGUGUCGGUCCUACGGAUCGCUUCCGAUUACCUAUCCCCCGGGGGGGAAAAGGUCCCACGUCGAUAUCCAGCCCGCUAUGUAGGAAUAGUGAAACGCUUAUCGUAUUCCUUUUACUUGCUCUUAAGACUGAGUAUCACGAGGGCUUUUUACGCGCCAGGUAACGAAUCCCUACGCCGAGUGGCACUAUCGUCGGCAUAUCAAGUUCGGACGAUGCC